GGCGGGACUGGGGGGGUUCCCGGGAGGGGCGGGCGCUGCGUGUCCUUGGACGCCGAGGAGGUGACUGGGCCUCGGAGGACGCACCAUGAGGGCUCUGCGGGUCUCCCAGGCGCUGGCUCGUUCUUUCAGCUCAUCCUCCAGGCACCGCUUUGAGAACCGAGUGGCAGAGAAACAGAAACUCUUCCAGGCCGACAAUGACCUCCCAGUGCACUUGAAGGGCGGGGGAAUGGAUGGCAUCCUAUACAGACUGACGAUGGCGCUGACCCUGGGCGGCACCGUCUACAGCUUAUACAGCCUGGGCUGGGCCUCCUUCCCCCACAAGAAGUGAGACCAAGAAGUUCCGAGGACUUGGACAAACAUCAAUAAAUGUUAGCUUCUUGAGAACCUCA